AACGAUAUCAGGCACUCUUGCGGUUGCACCUCUGCCCGUACGUCAUUUCCUCCAGCCUCUCUCGUUUCCAUCUUGCUCCCCGCGUGUGCUCGCUGCUAGUGUGCAGAUGAAAGAAAUAAUAAUGAACCAAGAAAAACUUGCCAAACUUCAGGCACAAGUCCGCAUCGGCGGCAAGGGCACCGCUCGCAGAAAGAAGAAGGUUGUGCACAGAACCGCAACAGCAGAUGAUAAGAAACUUCAGUUCUCCCUAAAGAAACUAGGCGUCAACAACAUCUCUGGUAUCGAAGAGGUGAACAUGUUUACGAACCAGGGGACAGUGAUCCACUUCAACAACCCCAAAGUGCAGGCCUCCCUGGCAGCCAACACCUUCACAAUCACUGGCCACGCUGAGACCAAGCAACUGACAGAGAUGCUGCCCAGCAUCCUCAACCAACUAGGAGCAGACAGCCUGACGAGCCUCCGGAGACUGGCCGAGGCUCUACCCAAACAGGCUGGAGAUGGAAAAGCACCAAUCGCCCCCAUAGAGGAAGAGGAUGAUGAUGUUCCAGAUCUGGUGGAGAAUUUCGAUGAGGCUUCCAAGGAUGAGGCAAACUAAAGAAAUCAACAGACCUUCAGGAGUCUCAACAGGACUUGACUUGUUUGGAUGGGGGCACUAGGCGUUCUUUAAAUUUUUUUAGUUCUAGUUCUUGCCACCGAUUCUCCAAAUGCUAUUUUGUGCACUGUGGUGUCCGUGUCCAGUUUGAGUCAGUGAGAGAUUGUACGAAGUGUCUGAGGUUCGUGCUCUUCAUAUUCUCUUCAGCUGUUUCUACUAUGUUACUAAACCUGAUUUCUUUGCAGUCUGGCUGAAACAAUCAUACCUGGAAUAAACAUUUGCUAUUGUCAAUUAUUAA